AUGCAUCGUGGUGUUAGAGUUCCCGUGGCGGAUGGCAGCGGGGAGAGUUUUGAGGUACUUGAAGAGCUGGGUCGCGGCGCCUUCAGCACAGUGCACCUGGUGCGGAAAGAUGGCGGCGAGGACGACGGGCGCAGCUACGCUGUGAAGGUGCUGCGGAAGGGGCCGCAUCACCAGACCCAGGAGGCGCUGUCCAGGUCCUUCCUGAAGGAGCUGCGAGUGUUGGAGGCUGUCGUCGAGGCACCCUUCCUCCUGCACCUGUACUAUGCCGGCCAGGCGGAGGAGGCGGUGUUCUUCGUGGUCGACCACGCAGCGGGAGGCGACCUCACCGCCGUGCUGGAGGACCUGGGGUUCCUGCCGGAGGACCAGGCCCGUCUGGUGCUGACCCAGCUGUUCAGGGCCUUGCACACCCUCCACUCGCUCGGCGUGAUGCACCGCGACGUGAAGGCUGGCAACGUGCGGGUUGACGGCGAGGGCAACGUGGUGCUGGCGGACUACAGGCUGUGCUCGGAGCCAGCAGAAGAAGGCUGCCUGUUCCGCCGCACCUUCUGCGGCACGAUUGAGUACUUGGCGCCCGAGGUGCUAUUGAGGACUCCGCCCGGCUACACCGCCGCCGUAGACUUCUGGAGCGCGGGCGUGCUGGGGUUCGAACUGCUGACGGGCAGCCUGCCGUUCGACCCGGAGGACGAGGGCGACCGGAAGAAGAUUAUAAUGAACAUAAUCAACCAGGAGCCGCAGUACCCGCCAUACCUGUCGCCCGAGGCGGCGGACCUGCUCAGGAUGCUCCUGAGCAAGACACCCCACCAGCGCCUCGGAGGGCCGACAGCAGACCUGGCGGAGGUGAAGGCGCACUGUUUCUUCCGGGGCCUUGACUGGACUGAACUGCCGCCCCCCUUCGCGAAGAUAGACGAGCCGGAGUGGGCCACAUCAAGCUCCGAGGACGAGGACUCCUUAGAGGACGGCGAGGUGGCAGAGGAGGAAGGAUACCUGCCGGGGUUCGACCUCGCUCCGUCGAACUACAAGCAUUCCUCGUCCAGUGAUGUGUCCUCGUCCAGUGAUGUGUCCUCGGCCAGUCCGCAGCCUGGCUCGUCGGCGACACCAUGGAGACACAAGAAGAUAACAAAUAGGAGCACGGCUAGGUCUUCUGGUGGUUAUGUGUGUAAGGGACUGAACCUAUACGAUAGUGACUAUUAUGAAGACAAACAGAGUGAACAGAAACCAAAGAGAAGGCGAUUGAAGGAAGUGAUUAGUGGUGGUCUGAAAACUCUGAGGAGGUGGCUGUGUUGUUUUUAA